AUGGUUUUAGACGCAGAGACGCUGAAGGUGUUGUCUGAACUUAGACGUAAACGUGGUGUGGUCAAGGGUGCACUCACCCGUACGUUGAAAUUCAUCAAUAACUUUGAUCCAAAGACUGAGGCCUUGUCAUUGUUAGAGUUUAGGCAAGAAGAGUUACCUCAAAUAAAUAGGAAAUUCGACGAUGUACAAUCAGAGAUAGAACUACUCAAUACUGAGGAUCCGUUUGAGGAAGAGAAGGAAAGAGAAGAGUUUGAAAAAAACUAUUUUGCCGCACGCUCUAGAAUUCAGGAAACUAUAACUAACGAAAGGCGUCAUAAUGCUUCAGGUCAUGAUACUUCACAUAAUUCGAAUACGUCAACAAACCAGUCACGAAUACAAUUACCACCAAUAAAAAUUCCGGAGUUCAGCGGGAACAUUCAGGAUUGGGAACCUUUCUUCGACUCUUUCCGAUCUGCAAUACACGAGGAAAAUAGUUUUACAUCGGCUCAUAAAUUUUACUACCUCAGAUCAUAUCUUACUGGUGCAGCUCUAGAUCUAAUCAAAGCGGUCCCUAUGACGGAUGCCAACUAUUAUGUGGCGAUUGAACGGCUUAAGCAGAGAUACGACAAUAAGAGCCUAACCAUACAGUCUCACAUCAAAUCAUUAUUAGAAUCUCCACACGUAGAAAAUGCAACCGCAACCGAGCUUCAACAACUACAUUCACAUGUAUGCACGCAUAUUGCAGCUCUUAAGGCAUUAGAUCAACCUGUGGACAAAUGGGAUGCCUGGUUAAUAACUAUCAUUAGCAUGAGGUUAGACAAGGACACGUUACAUGGAUGGCAACUACAUCAGAGGAAUACACAGUUCCCGAAGUAUGUAGAUCUAGAAGAAUUUCUUGCGGGCCGUUGUGUGGCAAUGGAAACCUCCUACCAAUUUUGUUCCAAACUGGAGGGAGCCAACACUAACUCUGUACCUCAUCAAAGGUCAAAGGGAUACAAGAGCAAUAACAACCCUCCAAAACUGACACUAUUUACCAACAAAAAUGACCGCGACAAUAAGUGUACUCACUGCGCGGGUAAGCAUUGGCUGUUCUUCUGCGACUCAUUCAAGGAGUUAGACGUCAAUAGUCGAUUGACAGUUGUAAGAGAUGCAAAACUCUGCUUCAACUGUCUGUCACCGUACCACUCAAAGGAUUAUUGUAAAUCAAAAUAUAGUUGUCAAACAUGUAAGGGCAGGCACAACACCCUACUCCAUCAAGAGAGGAAAUCAGGAGCAACAAGUCAGAAGGAGGACGAUCUUCCAAACUCAUCAAAGGAAGAUACCUCGUCGAGCAACGGUCAGAAAGUGUCCAUGCCAGCGCAAGCAACAAGUGAACACGUAUUUUUAGCAACAGCAGUAGUCACCGUAAGGGACAGCCACGGUUCUUAUCACAAGUGUCGAGCCGUCCUGGACAGUGGCUCACAAGUAAACUUUAUUUCAAGGGAGCUUUCGAGAGUUUUAGGAUUAAACCAGAGAACAAACGUCCUACCAAUAUGCGGUAUUGGUACCAGCAAGACUCAAUCGGGUGCAAGUGUAGACAUAACCGUAAGUUCCUCCGUCAAGAAAUUUGAUAUCGAAAUAACCUGUCACAUAUUGCCUGUUAUAGUAAAUGACUUAUCAGCUAUACCAACUCCAAGGGAUGGUUGGAACAUUCCUAAUGAAUUGGUACCUUUCCUAGCAGAUCCAACAUUCUGUGAAUCGGGAUCGAUUGAACUAUUAAUUGGAAGUGCUCUUUUCUUCGACUUGAUAUUAACCGAGCGUAUUCCGCUUAUCACAGGGAAGCUUUAUCUACAAGAUAGUAAAUUUGGUUGGAUUGUAACUGGAGUAAUCGAUGCAACUUGUCUUUUGAUUAUUGCAGAAACUCUAGAGAGAGAUUCGGAUGUCAAUGACAGGACAGAAGAUUCGACACAUUACGACAAUUCUAAGUGUAAUCAGAGAUACUUGGAAGAUGACAAGGCUCUACAUCAUUUCCAGAACAACACGCGACGCAACGAAGAAGGUCGGUUCAUUGUUCGAUUACCUAUCAAUAUAUCAACAGACAUGCUCGGUAACACGCUAAUAAUGGCAACCACACGGUUUUUGAGCGUGGAGAGGAGGCUUCAAAGGGAUGACAAGCUAAGAACAGAAUAUACAAGGUUCAUGAAAGAAUAUCUUGAGAUGGGUCACAUGAAAGAAGUUCAAAAUGAAGUUGAGUUGCCGGUCCGAUCGUGUUAUUUACCACACCAUGCGGUACAAAAGGAGUCAAGCUUAACGACUAAAAUUAGGGUUGUAUUUGACGCCUCAGCAAGGAGCUCUUCCGGAGUAUCGUUAAACGAUAUAUUGAUGCAUGGUCCAACAGUACAAGCAGAUGUCUUCACCAUAUUGGCUAGAUUUAGAAUGCACCAAUAUACAUUGAUGGCUGAUAUCGAAAAAAUGUUUCGACAAGUGGCAAUCGAUGAAAGGGACUGGGACUUGCAGCGAAUUGUAUGGAGAGAUUCACCUACUGAACCAUUAAAAACAUUCAAUCUAACGACUGUAACAUAUGGCAUGAAACCAGCGUCAUUUCUUGCAACACAAUGCCUUGUAACCUUAGCUCACCUGGUACACAACGAAUAUCCAAGAGCCUCAGAAAUUAUCAAAAAUGAUAUAUACAUGGAUGAUUUGAUGACAGGAGCCGAGACUGAAGAGGAUUGUAUAAAAUUACAACAAGAACUGAACACUAUCUUAAUUUCCGCCAAACUUCCACUACGUAAAUGGUGUUCAAAUUCUACUAAGGUGCUACAACACGUAGGCAAAGGAGAGGCUGAUCCACUAUACACCUUGGAAAUAAGAGAUGGUGACACAGUGAAGUCACUUGGUUUACAGUGGAGACCAUAUCAAGAUGAAUUCCAUUUCAACAUAGCCAUGGAUUCAACAAGAUCAAGAUGUACUAAGAGAACUCUCCUUUCCGACCUAAACCGAGUAUUUGAUCCACUCGGAUUUCUAGCACCCGUGCUACUCAAAGGAAAAAUAUUCAUGCAGCAAAUUUGGGCGUUGAAGGUUGAGUGGGAUAGUCCACUCUCUGCAGACGUUAUAGAGAGAUGGAAAACAUUCAUGCGAGACUUAGAGACAUUAAGGAACAUCUGCAUACCAAGAAAGGUGAUACCAGCCGCCUGCAAUUUUAUCGAGUUUCAUGGCUUCUGCGACGCGUCUGAAGAAGCAUACGGAGCAUGCAUUUACAUAAGAACGAGAGGAACCAACAAAACAUAUCAUGCGCAACUCAUGUGUGCCAAAACUCGUGUAGCGCCGCUAAAGGCAGUGACAAUACCACGUCUUGAGUUGAAUGGGGCAUUGCUGUUAGCAGAGCUUGCAAGAAAGGUAGCAGAUGCAUGGGGGAACAAUACACAUUCCUUUCAGUUGUGGACAGACUCAACCGUCGUACUGGGGUGGUUAAACAGUCACAACAAACGUCUCAAGACAUAUGUCGCAAACAGGGUGAACCAGAUACUCGAAAUUACUGAAGCUAGACAGUGGAGACACGUCCGCACUAAUGAAAAUCCUGCCGACAUUGCAUCUCGUGGAGUAAAGCCAGCAGAACUCUUGAGAAAUAAUUUCUGGUGGAACGGUCCAGAUUGGCUGACCCAAGACGCAGAGCAAUGGAAGAUCUCAGCCUUACCGGACGAAGAGGAAAUAUUACCGGAAAUAAAACCAGUGCAACUAGCACUUAUCUCAAUUGAUUCAUCCAAGGACCUAUUACAGUAUUACUCAAGUUGGAAAAAACUUGUUCGGGCAAUUGCUUGGCUGAGCAGAUUCGUCGAAUUUCGAAAGACGAAGGGAAGUGAGACCAACGCGACUAAAUAUUUGGUUCUAUCUGAACUAAGGUCAGCAGAGAAAAUAUUAAUCAAACGAGCACAAGCCGAUGAGUUUUCAUUGGAGCUCCUAGCAAUGCGUAAACAAAGGGAGAUUCCAAAAUGUAGCAAACUUAAGGGAUUAUGCCCAGUACUGCGAACGGAUGGCCUAAUAGUGGUAGGAGGAAGACUUGAAAAUGCAGACCUUGGUGAGAAGCAGAUACACCCAGUUGUUCUACCAGCAAAACAUAAGAUAACAAGACUAAUCUUCGAGGACUAUCAUCAAACACUCCUCCACUGUGGACCGCAAACGCUACUAGCAGAAGUUAGACAAUGUUACUGGCCCUUAAGGGGUAGGAUAAUGGCUCGUUCUACAGUAACACGCUGUAUAAAUUGCGUUCGUGCAAGACCACGAUUUGAACCCCCACUUAUGGCCCCGUUACCAAAGCAAAGAGUGCAAAUGUCGCGCCCAUUCACCGUAACUGGUGUAGAUUUUGCAGGGCCAUUACAAAUUCAAAGUGGCAUACGUCGCGUUACAACAAAGAAGGCAUGGAUAGCGGUGUUUGUAUGUUUUUCCACGAGAGCUAUACACUUAGAACCCGUCGUAGGCUUAACAAGCGAAGCCUUCCUUGCAGCCUUACGUAGGUUUAUAGCGAGACGUGGAAAAAGCACCAAGAUUUACAGCGAUAAUGCAACAAAUUUCGUGGGUGUGCAAAAAGAGCUAAAGACAUAUUUAGAAAACAGUGAAAGGUACAUGGCUGACGAAGGAGUUCAAUGGCAUUUUAAUCCCCCAUCGGCACCACACUUCAGUGGCCUUUGGGAAAAUGCUGUAAAAAGUACUAAGCAUCACUUAUAUCGGGUAAUCAAGGAUAGUCGGCUGAAUCUGGAGGAGUUGCAAACAUUGUUAUGCCAGAUUGAGGCAUGUGUCAACUCACGGCCUAUGACACCACUAAGUAGUGACCCAGGAGAACCCAAUGCCCUUACACCAGCUCACUUUCUCAUCGGUGGUCCACUGCUCCUACCACCUGAACCGGAAAUACCAGGUGAGAUAGUUAGCAAUCUCCGCCGCUGGAAGCAUGUCCAAGGAUUGAUGCAGAUAUUCUGGAAACGCUGGCACAAGGAGUAUCUACCUCAGCUCCAGGUUCGAGGACGAUGGAUUACACCCAGAAAAAACAUGAGUGUAGACGACAUAGUAGUUAUAAAGGAAGACUGCACACCACCUACCAAAUGGAAGCUGGGACGCAUAAUGCAAGUACACCCAGGUAUCGAUGGAAUAGUCAGAGUGGUUACCUUACGGACGUCAAAUCAAGCAGAAUUGCGCCGACCAGUCGCAAAGUUAUGCCGACUGCCAACAGAUGCCGAUAUCCAAGUUGAAACCUAUCACUUUCAACGGGGGGAGGAUGUCGCCGCCGCGACAAUACGGCAAUAG